AUGGCUCUCGCCGGUCCAUCACAUACCACACCGCCCAAGCAAAAUCAAUGGACUUUCGUCGGAGAACACGAUCUCGAACCCGGGCUAUUUGGUGGUGAGCCGGAGCUCAAGGUUUCUGAAAAGCUUAAGGAUCGUCUCUGCUCUCCUUGGAAGAAAACUCUUGUAGUCAGACUGCUUGGGCGUUCGAUCUCCUAUGCUUAUUUGUGUUCCCAACUCCGAUGGGAAUGGCGCCAAACCGGAAGGCUGGACAUCCUGGAUCUGAAUGACAGAACUUUUCUGGUCACGUUCCAUAACGAUCAAGAUUUCCUUCACGCUCUCACCGGGGGGCCAUGCACAAUACUUGAUCACUAUCUUGUUGUCCACCAAUGGUCGCCGUCCUUCAGAACUGCUGAUAAACCCCACAAAUCGGUUGUAGCUUGGAUCCAACUGCCGGAGCUUCCGGUCCAUUUUUACCAUCGGGAGGUCCUUUUUGCCUUGGGGAACCUUAUUGGCAGAACGGUAAAGCUCGAUUAUCAUACGGAAAAUAUGGAACGUGGGAAGUUUGCUCGGAUAGCGGUGGAAUUAGACAUGACGAAGCCAAUGGCAACUCGGAUCCGGCUGGACGGGUUCUGGCAACCGGUGCUCUAUGAGAACGUACCGGAGAUUUGUUUUGAGUGUGGCAGGAUAGGCCAUACCGAGGAGUCUUGCUCCAAGAAAGUGUGUAAUGUUCCUAACGUCUCUUUGACAACAAAAACCCAUGUUCUUCCCAUUGAAGGAUCGUCACCGUCGUCGGAGUCUCCCGUCGGUUACGGGCCGUGGAUGUAA